AUGCACUUCCGCCAUGCCCUGAUCACUUUUAGUCGCCUGAAUAGCCCUUCUAUUCACAAAUCACUCAGACGUUAUCUAUCGCAUAAUCUAAAGCCUGGCCUCGUUGAGUCCGCCAACCUCCACCAUGGCCCCUCUAUACCCUUGAUCCCGGACGACACUACGCCAUUGAAGAAGACGUCCAGUCGCAAAUUAAAUCCAAGUCCUCUUUCUGAGAAUGCAGAGUCAGCCUCAUCUCCUGUAGACUCUNNGGAACAGAACCCCAAAAGACGCGGUCGUCCGAAAAAGGCCACCGACUCCGAACCAGACACCUUAGAAGAGUCCACCUCAACACCAUCCAAAAGCGCACUCGCAAACCCAAANACGCCGAAAGACGAUCAACACGCAAUCACACACGGCAGUCUACACCACACUUCUCUAUCCGAAUUCCUCAGCUACGCCGACACUGCAAACCUCUCGCCCACAAGCACCGUCUACCGCGGCACCCACUAUGAAUACACUGUUGCAGAAGCUCUCGAGCGCCUCGCUUUUUCCUUGACCCGCGUGGGCCGUGCUAGCGAUCUCGGUAUCGAUUUGCUGGGUUCUUGGGCAUUGCCUUCUCGUCCGAAGCCUCUGAAUGUCUUGAUACAAUGUAAAGCCGAAGCCCCCAAACCGAGCAUGAUCAGGGAGCUGGAGGGUGCUGUUGUGGGUGCGCCUGUGCGCUAUAGAGGCGAGGGAACGAUAGCCAUUCUUGCUGCGGCNAAAGAGGCGACAAAGGGUGUCAGGGACGCUGUGGGUAGAAGUGGUUUGCCCAUGGCCUAUCUGAACAUCACCACCGACGGUAAAAUCAGACAAUUUGUCUGGAACCAUGCUGCUGUAGAAUGUGGUUUGGAGGGUGUAGGUGUCGCUCUGAGAUAUCUGGUUGACGGCGACUCCGAGGUUGCUUUGACUUGGAAGGGUGUGCCUUGGUCUCCAUCUUCACCAACUUCACCCUCUGUUGCAUGA